AUGAAUUCUGAAAAUACUGCAAAUAUUCCAGUUACAGCUAAUCCUACAACUACUAAUUCUAUAUCAUGUGUAGUUCUUGAUAUUGGAACAUAUUUAAUUAAAAUUGGGUAUGGUGGUGAAGAUUUACCUAGAAGUAUCCUUCCUUGUAAAAUUGGUAUACCUAGUCAAAAAUCAGAGAAUAUAGAUUUAGAUAGAAUGAACAAUAUUUUAUUUCCUUUAAGACCAUGGGAAAAACGUGAUAACAUUGAAAUUUUAAGCCCUUAUGAGUAUGAUCCAGAAAAUAGAAACAUUAAAAUGAAUGAGGAUUAUCUUAUUAAAAUGAUACAGGAGGCUUUUUUUCCCUGCAAACCUAUUAGUAAUUCUAAUAAAAGUUCUUAUAGUGCAUGCUCAGUCUUUCAAUAUGGAACUUUAGAUGAUAAAAUAACAAAUAAUCCACUAAUUUUACCAGUUCCUUCAAAUAGUGAGAAUUCAUUUUUAACUAAAAUGACUGAAAUAGCAUUUGAACAAUUAGAAAGUAGUAUGUUCUUUACUUGUAAAAGACCUGUCUUGUCAUGUUAUGCAUGUGGUAAGACAUCAGGUAUUUGUGUAGAUAUUGGAGCUUCAAAUAGUAAUGUUUGUUGUGUUCAAGAUGGUUACUGUUUUCCAUCAACUAUACAAGAGUAUCCAAUAGCAGGUGAUUUUUUAGAUAGUGAAAUCCUGAAGAAAUUACAUAAAUCAAAUUAUAUUAUACCUGAAUAUGGUGUAAUUAGGGAUAAAGAAGAUAAGCCAUAUUUGAUACCUUUAUUAAAUAUUGAUGAAAGUUAUCUAGAUUGGAGUAUUUCAUAUGCUAUUAGAGAAAUUAAACAUACAAGCUGUUGUUUUAAUUUGAGUGAUAGUAAUACAUCUACUUUUACUUUACCUGAUGGCAAUAUAAUUGACAUAUCAUCUAUUAGAACAAGUAUCCCUAAUAUAAUAUUUAAACCAAAUAAUUCUAAUUAUGGUUAUCCUGGAAUUGUUCAGAUGAUUGCAAAUUCUAUUUCUGAUUUAGUACAAAAUACAAAAGAUACUAGUAAUGUAACAAGUUCUCUAAUUUUAACAGGCGGUACCAGUUUAUUGAAUGGUUUUGAUUCAAAGCUUUUUCAAGCACUUGCAGAUCAUAAAUAUACAGCAUUUAUACAGGAGGAUGGAUUACUUCCUAAGAUCAUUGCCUCUCCUAGAUCUAUAGAAAGACAAUCAGCUGCAUGGAUUGGAGCCUCAAUCCUUUCUUCACUUGGUACAUUUCCUCAAUUAGCAAUUAGUAGAAAGGAUUAUCAGGAAUUUGGUUCUUCAAUAACAUUGAAGAGAUGCCCAUAA